AUGGACUAUUUAAGUUCUUUGAUGACUUUAUGUUUUCUUUUUGCUACUGUGGUGUUCUAUAUAACAAAUGGAGAACCUGUAGUUCCAGCACUUUUCAUAUUCGGAGACUCCAUUGUAGAUGUGGGAAACAACAACAACCUACAUACUGUUGUAAAAGCAGACUUCUUUCCGUAUGGAAGAGACUUUGUGACUAAAAAUCCAACCGGAAGAAUGUCUAAUGGAAAACUUGCUGUAGAUUAUGCUUCCGAAUUUGCUGGAUUUACAUCUUAUCAACCAGCUUACCUAAACUUAAAUACCAAAGGAAGCAACAUCUUGAAUGGUGCCAACUUUGCCUCAUCUGGUUCUGGUUACCAUGAUUCCACAUCAAUACAAUAUCAUGUAAUCCCAUUAAUGAAUCAACUGGAGUUCUACAAGGAUUGCCAGGAAGAAUUGGUAAAACUAGUAGGGAAAGAAAAUGCAACAUCAAUUAUUUCUGGUGCAGCAUAUCUUCUUGUUGAUGGGUCUGGUGAUUUUGCACAAAACUACUUCAUAAAUCCAAUCCUCCAGAACCUCUAUACACCUUACCAAUUCUCAGACGUUCUUAUUGAAGAGUACUAUAAUUUCAUUCAGAAUUUAUAUGCACUAGGAGCAAGGAAGAUUGGUGUAACAACGUUACCUCCAAUAGGUUGUAUGCCUUUUAUCAUCACGAAGUUUGGCUAUCAUUCAAACAAAUGUGUAGAAACAAUAAACAAUGUAGCCAUAUAUUUCAACAAAAAACUUAACUUGACUACCGAAAACCUAAUAAAAAAGCUUCCUGGUGUCAAAUUGGUCAUCUUUGACAUCUACCAACCUCUAUAUGAACUUAUUAUCAGACCUUCUGAUUAUGGAUUGUUUGAAGCAAGGAAGGCUUGUUGUGGGACAGGCUUGCUAGAGGUUGCUAUAUUAUGCAAUAAAAUAAGCAUAGGAACAUGUGCGGAUGCAUCAAAAUAUGUAUUCUGGGAUAGUUUUCAUACCACAGAAGCUACAAAUAAGAUUUUGAUGGAUCAUUUGAUUCCUACUGCAACCUCACUUUUAUAUUCUAACCAGACAGUUCGCUAG